AUGAAAUUUUACCAAGUCGGAGGGCCACUUCAAGAGUUCUUUGUUUCAUCUGAUGGCAAAGUCUACGUUCGCAAAAGGCUGGAUGCUGAGUCGCAACAGUAUUAUGAGUUGAAAGUGAAAGCAUUCGAUGGAUUGCAUGAAAGCAUUCGUCCAUUCAUUUUAAGAAUUCGAGUGGAUGACGUAAAUGACAACUCACCCAUUUGUCAUAUUCCUAAUCGUGAAACAGAAGUACUAGAGUCUUCUAAAAAUGGUACAAGUCUUUUCUAUCUCAAUGCAACGGAUGCUGACAUCCUGGAGGUUCAUUCAGAAAUUUCCUACAGUCUAUUGAAUGCCGAAAAUGACGCAAAUGAUUUUGAAGUUGAUCCGAAAACAGGAGAGGUAUUUCUAACCUGGCAGUUGGACUAUGAAUUGAAGAAGGAGUAUUCCUUCCGCGUUGAGGCUAAAGACAGCGCUAAUCAUGCUUGUCACUACGAUCUCAAAGUUCAAGUUCUGGAUUUUAAUGACAAUGCUCCAAUCUUUGAUGAACCUAUUAAACUCUCUUCCGUUCCCGAAAAUGCAUUGGUUGGGAGUCUAGUAGGCAAAGUUCAUGCUACUGACGCUGAUUUAGGUACAUUUACUAUAUUUGUGAUGAUUAAUAGCUAUAAGAAACCACACGAAUAUAAUAAGUCAAGUUUGUUCAAUUCGUAA